AUGGCUCCUGUACACCACAACAUUGGCUUCCUGGCGUAUAACUGGUAUACACAAGUCCAAUGGUACCAGGCGGUUCGUGCGAAACAGCUACAUGCACUUGCCCUGUUACCGGUUCACUUCAAUUUGAUCUAUGCCGUGACGUACCUGGGCGGCGUUUCCUCCGGCAACAUUGUGAUGGCUACCAUCCUCGGGUUGGGCUCAGCGGGAGUUAUGAUCCUAAAUACUGUUUCUGCUUGGAUCAGCUGGAAUACAAACCUACGAGAGGGCUUUGGGGAAUACCAGUUCUUCUUCUUUGGAUGGCGAACCCUAACCCGUGGUUGGCAUAUAUUCUUCCUCCUAUGGCAGAUCAGUGAUUCAAUGAUCGCGUUGUCCUUCCUUAUAAUCGCCGGCCGUCUAAGUUAUGCCGCGCUGAAUUAUCGUGAGGACCCGGAGAAGAAACAGCCGUGGUAUCUCAAUAAAUACAUUCAGAUUCCGCUCGGAGCCGCCGUUGUUAUGCUAUUCUUUGGCUGGGUGCUCAUCCUGUGGACGGAACUUAUCGUGGCUCGGAACCACAUCGAGUCGGACACAGAUAUGGUCGCUGUAUACCUCUUCAUUGCGCAAGUCGUACCCAUGCUAUUGCCCAAAGCUUCGACUAUCUUUGGAUGUUUGCCUGGUGUAUUCAAGCGCUCUUCAAAAUCCGCAGAACCUCCAAAAUAG